AUGAUGGCCUACCCUUUGACGAAUAAGACCACCAACAGCGCUAACGAAACCAAGCAAGGUUGUUUUUCUCAAGUCGAUGUGUCAUAUCAUGCUCUGUCUCUAACAGUUGCGCGGGGAAUAGCCGAAAAGUCAGCUAUUAGGGUUUCUUCGCUGGAGUCGGAGGAGCCUGAUGUCGGAGAAUCAGAAUUUCCCGCGAACUUUGGGGAGGUUGCAAAAGGAAUAUAUCGCAGCGCGUAUCCUCAGCCUUGGAACCUUCCUGCACUCAAAGUCCUGAGAUUGCGAACCAUAAUUACUCUUGUCGAAGAGCCAUUUCCGUCGAGCCACUCGAGUUUUCUGAAGGAAAACGGGAUCAAACAUUACUGCAUUCCCUUCAUUGCGAAUAAGGAUGCUUCUGUCAAAACAUCAGAUGGUGUCGUGAAUACAAUUCUCAGGAUAAUGCUGGACAAGGCCAAUCACCCUAUGCUCAUACACUGCAAUAAAGGAAAACAUCGUACUGGGUGCGUGACUGGCUGCUUUCGGAAGCUCCAGGGGUGGGAGAAGCAAGAUAUAGUUGAUGAGUAUAUCCGUUUCUCUCGCCCGAAACAACGUCCGCUGGACGAGGCGUUUAUCGAAGCAUUUGACCACUCAAACCUCUCCCACUUGGCUAAAGCUUGCGAUGUAAAGUCGUGGGUUCCGUCUGGAGCGUACACCAAUAUCAGGGCCGACAAGGAUCAAGGUUCACCAGAAAACCUGUUUCAACUUCCUCGUAAUGAUGUUCGUGCGGCUUCUUGA